CAAGCACCUACUUUACAGAAGGUUAUAGACCUGGUUAUAGAAUUGAAAACCAGUUUUUGUUUUGAAGUGUUAAAAACUUAUUUUAUCAACGUUUUUAUUUUAAAUAGUACUUUUCUCAUGUAGUGAAAAUGGGACGCCUCGUAAGAAGUAGAACUAAGGUUCAAAAACCAGAUGCUGAGAAUAUCCCACCUUCUGGUAAUAUUAAAAAACCGCGACGCGGCAAAGUUGCGAGUGAAAAUCUUGGCAAGGUUGAUAAUAAUAUUGUCCAUAAAGCUGUACCAGGUCCAAGUUCAGGAAAUGCUGGUGCUGAGGACAAAAAACCAAUUUAUUCAGCUCAGAAAAAAUCAUUGACAAGAAGAUCACUUAAAGGUAUUGAAGAACGUUUACAUAUGUAUGACUUUGAAGUAGAUGAAAAUGAGCCAGUUGUAAAAAAAACUAAACGUAAACCAAAUCCUAAGGUUAAAAAACAAAGAACUUACAAAAAGAAAUUCAAGUUUUUACCUGAGUCUUCAAUUAUUUUAGAUGUUGGAAAAGAAAAUGUACACCCAGUCAACAAAGCUGUCACCCCUUCCAAAAAAACUGCCACUCCUAAAAAAUCUGUUAGUAUUCCACUUGCAGAAAUUUCUAAUAUUCCUGCUGAUGAUAAUAUAGAUUUAUCAAUAGAUGCAGCAGUACAAUCCAAAAGAUUAACAUUAUAUUCUCCUCCUCCUUACAGAUCUCCUAAGAGAGACUCCCUCAAUGUACCAAUAGUAAGAGCUUCUUGUAGUAAAGUAUUGGAAAACAUCACUUCUCGAUCUUUAAAUGUUAGCAAUAAACAUGACAAAUCAGAUUGUUCGACAUAUAGUGGAAGUUUCAUGAACCAAUUAUUUAUGGGUUCCUCAACUCCAAUAAGAAGUCAUUGGGCUGAAGAUUCUGCUCCUUAUGUCACUCCCAAACCUGCAACACAGUAUGGAAAUUUUCAUUUAAGUAAUAAUUUUGGUUUGGAAGCUGAUGAAGGAAUAGAAGAACCUUUUGUAUCCCCAAUCAAAUCUGCUCGGACUCCAUCACACAGUUCUUUUAAUAAAACCCCUGUUAAACAAUCCCCAGUUAAAGUGCCAUUUGAACAAGUUGUUAAAAUUUUAAAAUUUGGGGCGGAUGCACCUGAAGAUAGUGAUCUGUCAUUUGAAGGGCUGCCAGAUAAUUUUUAUCAUGAUGGAGAUACUCCUACCUAUUCACCUCUUCCAUCUACACCAGAACGCCCUGUAAAGCAUCAAAAGGAAUGUUUAACCAGUACACGUAAAGUUAAACAUGUGCAAUUUCAAGAAGAGUCAGAUGAUAGUGGUUUAACACAAUCUUCUGAAGAUAAAAAUACCCUCAGUAAAUUUGAUAUAGUUUAUAAUAAUAGAAAGAACUUAAAGAAAUCAAAACAAGAAAAAGAUAAAGACGUAGGUUAUGAGACCGAAGAUCAAAUUCCUACCAAGAGACCAGCUCGAAGAUCUUAUGAACGACCUGUUUAUUUAAGAACAAAGAAAAAAGUAACACCUUAUGGAGCUAUAGAUACAGUUGAAGAUGAUGAUCAUGAAGAAACUAUAUCCAAGAAAACUACUAAGAAAAAAAAUUGUGGCCAUACAAAAAAAGAAGCAUUGGAAAUGGAAAAAUGGGCCAAAGCAUUCAAUGAACAAUGUAUGCAGAUAGAAAAUUUUAAUUUAUGUGUUGAAUAAUUUAGAUAUUUAUAAGAAAUACCAGGGUGAAAUGUAAGAUAUUGUAAAUAUUUACUUGAUUAAUUGUUUGGUGUUGUAAUUAUUGUAAAUAUUAUAUUUGUAACAUUUUUUUUAUAUUAUAUAUAUAUAAUUAUGAGAUUUUAUAACUUUUGCUUUAUAAGUUAAUAGAUGAAUUGCAAAAUAUAUUUGAAUAAAAUGUUGGUUAAGUUAACAAAUUAACUUCUGGAACAAAUAUAAUUAUAAUUAGUAAUAGGACAUCACAAUUUUUAAUAUUUUUAUAUUUAUUUUUUAAUUAAUGAAGUUUAGGUAACUGGCUGUUCAUAAAAUAUAUAUUCACACUUCUGUUUAUGUAACAAGAUUUGAAUUAGUUUUAUUAAUAGAAGAAAUCUUUAAUCAAAGCAUCCACGCUUCAAAAAUUAAAAUCUGUAACCUAAACGAAUAUUUGAUUGAGUAGACCUAAGUAAAGCUUAUUUUAUUAAUUUAAAAUUGUUUUUCUAUUAUCUUUUAGCUAUUUUUUUAAUGUAUGUAAUUGUGUGAUUGUUUUAUUGAGUCAAAUAUUAUUAUUCUAUUUUUAUAUUUUAUGUUCACUUAUUUUAAAUUAAUUUUAGUUGGCAGUCUAUUGUUAAAAAAAAUAUUUAUUAAAAGUUCUUAAUAUUUUUGUGUGAUAUUUUUUUACUAAUUUCAAACUACUAUCAUUUUAUUGAAUUGGUGAGGGAUGCUGCAAUGGUAUCUAGUAGUCCAAAUUAUUUACUGUUUCAUUUAAUUCACUUAAAUCGUUAAUAAUUUUUUGAUAGAGGAAAAUGAUCUUGAUUUGAUCACUAAAAUAUUUCUCUGGAAGUAUUAUGAUUAAAUUCAGUAGGUUAAUUUUACAUAUCUCAUUUAUCAGCCUUCUGUCUAUUUACAGGCUAUUUGUUUAUGUUAAC